UUUGUAAACAAAAACAAAACUUUUCCCGGUUUUCUCUAAUUUUCAUCAAAAUUAAACAAUUUCAAUUAAAAAGUUAAAUUAGAAAAUGUCCACGGAUGCAGAAGGAGUUGAAAAGGAAAAGAGUGCACCACGGAACAUUGGGCACAUGACGGAAAAUGCCCUGAAACGGAAGGAACGACUCCAGGCGCUGAAAAGAAAAGCCAACAAUAAUGUUUCCGGAACGAGUGAAGAAAAUGCCCAGGAAUCACGGAAGUUGUUCAGGAAUUAUGCAUCUGAAGACCCGAAUAUUGUGACAGAAGCUGCAGAGCCAGGAUGUGUGGAGGACGAGGUGAAGGGACAGCUGGAAUCCAUGAAAACUCCCAUUGUGAUUGAUGAGAUAGACAUUGCAAACCUGGCGCCGCGGAAGCCAGAUUGGGAUCUCAAACGCGAUGUGGCGAAGAAACUCGAGAUUCUGGAGAGACGGACGCAGAAAGCCAUCGCUGAACUCAUCCGGGAGCGACUGAAAACAGGCAAAGAUCCCGAGGAUUUCCUUCAGGCUGUCAAUGCAGCCGCCGAGAGGGCAGACGACAAAUCAGAUGAGGAUUAAAUGUUUGUUUUAUUAAAUUCGAUGAUUUC